CCAGCCCUAUAAAGGCGGUGACCCUGCCGCCUCUGGAGCCUCUGGAGCCAGCCUCCCCUGAGCCUCCCUCUCCGGGCCUCCGGCUCCCGCCGCCACCAUGAGGGUCCUCCGCCUGCUGCUGCUGGCCCUAGGCCUGCUCCUCUCCCAGCUGGGUGCCUGCCAUCUGACAAUUCUCGGCCAGCGGACUGACAACUACAUAUGUGCCAGGAAAGGGGGGACCUGCAACCUGUCACCCUGCCCACUCUACAACAGGAUUGAGGGCACCUGCUACAAGGGCAAGGCCAAGUGCUGCAUCCGUUGA